UCCCAUAGCACCGCCAGUAGAGAGCACAGGCUAGCUAGUUUAGCUAGAAUUGUGGGUUGGGUAGCUAGCUUCAUACAUUUUCUUCAUGGUCAAAAAAAGUGUUGACCCAGAUCGAUAGCUAACUAGCACGCAAGUAACAGGUCGCUAUUCUAUUAGUAACAGUAAAGUCCUAACGAUCAUCGUAAGUGCUGGCUAGUUCCACUAGUUCGUAGGCCACCUAACCUGGGGUACUCUGUUUAGCAUGAUAAGCUAGCUAGCUCUAGCUAGUUUAAUCGUUUAAUUGCAGUCUAAAUUAAGAUUCAGUCCAGCGAUUACCUAGUGCAGUAUCUGUCAAGUGGCAUUAUUGAAUACGCUCACCUUAGGACGCAGCUCUUAGGUAUUAUGAGAAAAUUUCGAAAGCCGAUCACUUGUUCUCUAGGCUAGUCUUCUCACACAAACAACCAGACAAGCACUGACUGAAGUACCAGGCUGAACUACGCCCGCUUGGAGCUGUUCCAGACGAGACGAGUUGUCUGCGUCCCCAAGACACACUGAAAGUGCCCAUGGGGGCGUGGGUGGGGGAUGUCACUCCAUGUAGCCUGUACAUAUAUUAUUUUUUAAUCAGUGUGGUGACGUGGCGUGUAGGUGAUCAACAAAUAGUUGAAAUAGUAACAAGUAACAAUGGGUAUGCAGCUAUAUUCUAUCUGACCAUCAUCGUUGCGAGGAAGCGAGCAUAGCACGUGUGUGUGUGUGUCUGUCUGACUCGACUUGUGGUAUCUGUUGGUAUCAUCUGGCCUUCAAACAUUCCUGGUAGAAUCUGCAAUCGAUGGCUUUUCGCACGACCGGAAAGUCUCUUGUAUCUGAUCUUCACUUGAAAUAUGCGGAGAAGAAAUGGAAUGAGACCUUUCAACUGGUUCGUAGGUGCAUGGAUAAGUCCAGAGGUGACCCCAAACCCUGUGAGCCACUGGUUAGAUGUCUGAAAAGACUCCAUGAAGCACUCAAUGUGUCCACUCUGAGUUGCAUGGUGUCCCGUUUAGAGAUGGUCGCCAAACAAAGAGGAAUGGGGUCCCACCUGAGUCCCAGUGAGACCACCUGCUACCUGACGGCCGACCUGUUCUACCUGGAGGUUCUGCUCCUGCCAGGUGGAGGGGUGGAGGAUGUUAAGGUGGCCCAGCAUGGAGAAGCUCCUGUGUCAAGUGAGUCCCUUCUAAAGCUUCUGAGGUCAAGGAGAUUUGAAGAGUUCUCGGGGAAGCUUGAAGGCCUUGCGUCCCUCUACAACAUACCCGGAGACAAUGAGACCAAAGUCAAGAUAUUCACAUCGCUGCAGCACCUAGGGAGAGAUCUGCAGAAGAUAUCACAUUUGCCGAGAGCACUGAAGGAGUAUGAUCCUGGAGUGGACAUCAUUCUCAAUGGCAGACUUGGGUAUCUGACUGUGGGCAGAGAAGGCUGUCCAAUGAGCAUUCAGUUCUUCGUCAGUCCUUCAGACAUCCUCCUGGGGUUGUCAGGACCAGAGAGAGAGAGUGUCGGCCAUGUGACUCUGGUGACAGUGGGAGCCAGUGAGUCCACCCACAACCUCCAGAUGACAUCACUGAUCCCACAACCACCUCAGCUUGACUCUCAAGGUGACCCAGUGUUCAGCCCUCUGAGUGAGGCGACAUGUGAGGCUCUGCCAGCCUGCUUCCUUCUUAAGCUGCAAAAACCGCUGCCUGUGCUCUCUGCUUUUAUCAACAAGAUCAACCAAAUCACAGGUGUUGCCAUACCAGAAACCGACCUGCAGUGGGCGCCCUUACCCCAGUUGCUGAUGGAGUUAUCAGGGAGAAAGAACUGGGAUGAAACAUUAUCUGGGCCGGAGUCGGACACCUUCUUCAUUGUGUCGCUUCCUGGCGAAGUGCACAGCUAUGUGGUCCCAGGGGCUGCAUGGGCUGGAGGGACGUGUAAAGGGUCCAUGGUGGACAGCAUCCCCUUCACUCACCCUGCCCACGUCCCUGCCCUGCUGGAAGUCCUGCGCCAUCAGUGUACCGUCAACACCCUGCUGGCCAGCUGUGGGACCGCGACCCGGCGCAGCCCAGGAGCGGUGUGUGAUCUGUACUGCGAGGUCCUUCCGGUGUGCGAGUCCAGCUUCUCUGUGACCUUUCACCUUUCUGAGAGUGACUCUCUUGCUGUGUUGGUUGUGAAUGUGGAAGACUCCCGACAUCUUAGAUGCAGCCUGUUUGCAUCAGGAUUAGAACAGUCACCCAUGGAUGAAUAUAUCUCGAAAGUCCUAAAGAGAUGUCUGUCCAUCCCGGUGACCAUGAGGGCGUUGAAUGGGAAGCUGGAAAAAAGAAUGACUCCCCACACUCUGCCCGCCCGUCUCACUACCCUGGCAGGUGCCCCUCCCUCUGUCCUUGUGUCCCAGGACACCGUCAGCCCCAGUGUCACUGAACCCGGCAGUGUCUGGUCUCCUCCCUCCGCCACCAUCUCCCAGAGUGUACCUGGAGCAGAUUCCGUGGCUGCGGUGUCUGCCUCCGAGUAUUAUCUCAUGUCUGUAACCGCAUCUCAGCCUGUUUCUGAUUCCAAUACAAGCCUUCCUGCCAACCCUUACCCCUGUGUCUCUGUGGGUGUGUAUCCAUCGCACUGGAUAGCCAGCAGCAACCACCUUCCAGAACUAAUCUAGGGGCCUUAGUGUUUAGCGUGUGAACCAUGAAGGAUGUGGGUUAUGAGGCUCUAAAUGAUAGCUUUACAUUUUUAAAGAUUCUCAAAUAAAAGUACAUUACUAACCAG